AUGCGUGCGAUUCUGGAGGAAGAGCUUGACAAUACCGUUAUAAAUUUUAUGCGGCUAGUGAGAGAGGACUUUGCCUAUCUGUUGACGGUUAUAACACCCCGCAUCCGUAGGCAGGAUACUUACAUGCGAGAUGCUAUUACACCAAAAGACAAACUGAUCAUAACGCUAAGAUUUCUGGCUUCUGGGGAUAGCUACAAAAGCUUGGAAUACGCCUAUCGAGUAUCUGAACAAUCGAUAUCAUUGUUUAUCCCAGAAGUGUGCAACAGUUUGCUAAUUUAUCUUCGCAAAUAUGUAAAGCUUCCGUCAACACAGCAAGAAUGGCUUACGGUGUCGGAUGCAUUCAAUGCCAAAUGGAAGUUUCCCCAUGCUAUUGGUGCCAUCGAUGGAAAGCAUGUUGCCAUCAAAGCUCCUGCCAAAAGUGGAACGGAAUAUUAUAACUACAAACAGUUUUUUAGUAUUAUGUUAUUGGCAGUUGCGGAUGCUGACUGCAAUUUCAUGUUUGUUGACGUUGGGUGCAAGGGUCGCAUAUCAGACAGUGGAAUUUUAAGGACCUCUCGUCUUUAUGGUAUGCUGGAAAGAAAGGAGUUAAAUAUCCCAGAGGCGGAACCGUUAAAUCAAAAUUCUUCCAUCAGAGUCCCGUAUAUGCUCUUGGGAGACAAAGCAUUUGCGUUAACGGACUACUGUAUGCGACCUUUCGGUGGUGUUACAGAGAGUGGUUCAAUUGAACGUCUUUUUAACGAACGUCAUUCUCUGGCACGAAGGGUUGUUGAAAUGGCAUUUGGGAUACUCAGUGCAAGGUUUAGAGUUCUUCGGAAAACUAUGGAACUGAAUCCAGAAAUGGCCAGCUUGAUAACAAAUCCGGAUGACUCCGGACGACUCCAACUCCGCGCAGAACUAGUGAUUCGAAUUUUGUCGGAGUCGCUAUCGUACUAA